AAGACAUUCCUACUCAUAGGAGAACAUCUAAUAGAAUUUAAGGAAGUUUUCAUUUUAAAUUAAAUUUUUUUGUUUGCCUUAAAAAAUGAGCAAAGAAUCGAAAACGUGGAUACUGAAAGUGGCGGCAAUCGUUGCCGUGUCGAGUCUUUUAACGCUCUUUGUGAUUGUGGCUUCUAAUUCGAUUGCUUUCUACUCGCCGGCAGAUGGCGUUGUGGAGCUGACUGCCUCGGACUUUGAGAGCAUGGUGCUGCAGGACGACGCCAUAUGGAUUGUACAAUUUUAUGCGCCCUGGUGCAGCCACUGCCAGGCCAUGCUGCCCGAGUACAAGCAGCUGGCCAAGGCGCUGAAGGGCGUUAUUAAGCUGGGCGCGGUCAAUUCCGAGCUGCACACGGAGUUGAUCGCCAAAUAUGAAAUACGCGGCUUUCCGCUUAUGAAAAUUUUCGGAGUUGACAAACAAAAGCCUACCGAUUUCUUUGGGCCGCGCACAGCGAAAGCCAUGGCCGACGUGGCUGUGGCUGAGGUCAACAAGAAGAUAAAGGCGGCCUUUGGCGAGAGCCUGGAUGUGGCCACAGACGCGGCCAGCAACAGACUUUGCUCGGAGAGCGACGUCACGGAGCUGCGGGCUGAUAAUUUUGAUAGGCUGGUGCUCAAUUCGGCUGACACAUGGCUGGUGGAGUUCUAUACGCCCUGGUGUCCGCACUGCAAGAAUCUGGCAGGCACCUGGAUAGCGGCGGCCAAGGAACUCAAGGGCAAGAUCAAGCUGGGCGCCCUGGACGCCAGCGCGUACAAGCACAAGGCGGCCGAGCACAAUGUGCGUAGCUAUCCCACCAUCAAAUACUUUCCGGUCCAGUCGAAGCAGCCCGCCGACGCAGUCAAGUACACUGGCCAGCGCACUGCGGAGAGCAUCAUCAGCUGGGCCAAUAGCAAGUCGGCGGCGCCUGCACCUAACGUGGCCGAGAUCACGGACGAGACGAGUUUGUUCAAUGCCUGCGGCCAUAAGUCCUGGUGCGUCAUCUCCGUGCUGCCCACGCUGCUCGACUGCAAUGCCAAGUGCCGCAACAAAUUGCUUGGCACCUUGCGCAAACUGUGCGCCAAGUAUCCGGCGCAGCAGGGAUGGGGCUGGGUGUGGACCGAGGGCGGCCAGCAGCCAGCCCUGGAGAGGGGUCUGCGUGUGGGCGGCUUUGGCUAUCCGGCUCUGGUGGUGGUCAAUUGCCGCAGAAUGCGAUAUGCCGUCUUCAAGGGCUCAUUCUCGGAAGCUGCACUUAAUGAAUUUCUGGGCGAUAUUGUCCAGGGGCGUGGCAGAACUUCAACUGUCAACUGCGCCCAAAAGCCGCCCGUUCGCAGUGUCAUACCCUGGGACGGCCAGGAUGCCGACGCACAGCUCCACAACGUGGCAGAGGGCGAGCGUUCAAUCACGGACGAACUCUAAAUAUUUUUUUUUUGUUUGCCAUUCAUUUUUUGUUGCUCAGAUAAUGAAAUAAUGAAAUAGAAUUGAGGACAGAACAGAUUCAGUUAGAUGUAGAUGUCCAAAACUCAGCUUGAACUCUUAAUUUCUGGCAUAUUUUGUCCAAAUUAUGAAAUAAAUUUCAUGUUUCGAAGAUUUAAUACCCUUUCAGACAUUUCCCUUUUGCUGAUUUGUGAGAAUAGGGAAGCAUUACGGCUUUUGUAAGAAUAGUGAAUAUAUCU